AUUGUCGCUCGCACGUUAGAAUUACCUACGAACCCAUUUAAAAGUAUAACUUUUCUCCAACACUGUACUUAAGCAGGCUAGAGGCGUGUGGAAAAACGUUUUGUACUACUGCAAUUCGAGCAACAAGAAUCAGAUCGAAAGAGCUUCUAAUAAAUUCAAGAAGAACGUAAAUUUUGAAUUCGACAACGAUUGGUUUGACUUAUUCUAUUAUUUUCACGAAACCCGAAACACAUCACAUCUCACAAUUAUGGCAAAUAUAGUAGGUAUUUAUCGUCACGAACGUAGCGAGAAUUUUGACGAAUACUUCAAAGCUGUCGGCGUGCCCUACAUCGGUAGAAAAAUGAUGGCCAUGAGUAAUCCACGUAUGGAAAUUGAGCAAAACGGAGAAAAAUGGACCAUCCGAAACGUGUCUGCUAUGCGAACAAACGAGCUCACGUUUGUCCCCGGGAUGGAAUACGAAGAAUCGAUGCCAUCCGGAGACGUAGUCAAGAAUGUAACAGAUGUGAUAGACGGCCGGCUAGUUACGAAUUCGAUCAGUCCAAACGGUUCCAGAAUAACACGGACUUACGAGUUCACCCCCGAAGGUGCUAUUUUGACUAUGACACAUGAGGCAAGCGGACAAGAGGCCAAACGAUUCUACAAACGUGUAGUUCCUACGUAAAUGGUGUAAAACUUUCAUUUUGAUAGUAAUGUAUACAUUUCUAUCGAGGCUACGAACGGUUA